GGGUGCACGCGUGUGACACGUUUUUAAAUAGAAUAAACGGGAAUACUUUUAACAUAUGUCGUAUACAGGUUUAGAGUAGUGCUCUACUAAUACUCGAAAGGAAUAACACUUCAUUGAACUUCGCUGGUGAUCAACAGGCUAAUGCCCUCAAACUAUUUUCAUCUGUUUACUUUGGCAGGGGUGCAGCCAUUACGUGCCUCAUAAACCUGUAAUACUAUUACCGAAUGGAUUUGUCAAGGCGAUGUGUGUUUUUUUUAUUUUUUUUAAAAUGGCAACAUCGAGGAGGUGGUGCCGCGCGGACUGCAAGCGCGUCCGUCAGUUUUCUCGCUCGGCCCCGCCCCGAGGCUAUUUAAAUAUAUCGUGAUUCGUGACGUGGGUACGUCAGAGCAGCGCUAAUACGUUUCCUUGGUCGCCGGUGCCCUUCAUCGUAAGAACCUCGUCUUUAUUGACAUGCAAGCAAAAAUAGCGCCAUUUGUUUUGAGGCGGAUGUGAAAAGGGCGCGAAACAUAAAUAGUGUUGCUAUAUGUUGCGUUUAUUUUUAGCGCGAUUUGCUGGAGAUAUUUUGUUUUUGACCGAAUUAAUAUUGACAAUGUCCUGUGAGAGUUUAGUAUCACAAGUAUCCACGAUAUUUUGUUCAUCAUUGCGCAGACGAGCUUGGUUUACUUGGUGUCCACAGAAACUGUGCAACUUCAUUGUGCACGAGCGAUGCGUCGGACAGGUGGUAACGCCGUGCUGUGGAGUGGCACCGAGCCUUAUAAAGAACCCAGUGGCUCACUGUUGGUCAGAGCCGACUCACCACAAGCGGAAGUUCUGCACGGUGUGUCGGAAACGACUUGACGAACUACCAGCUUUACAUUGUAUGAUAUGCGAAUACUACGUCCACGGAGAAUGUGUGGACUUCGCAGCGGCAGACUGCAAAGAGAACGCAACAUACUGCGCGGGCAGCGAGCCCCGGCAUUUCCAUCACUGGAGAGAAGGCAAUCUGCCUGCAAACUCCAAGUGUUCGGCGUGUCGAAGGGCUUGCUGGUCAGCCGAAUGCCUCACCGGCUACCGCUGCGAAUGGUGCGGCAGUACUUGUCACGCAGGCUGCCGUGCACUAAUACCAGAAGAAUGCAACUUUGGAACAUUACAACCGAUCUUCCUGCCUCCGUCAGCGGUCUCCAUCCCGCGAACGGAGGUGCCCAUGGAGGCGAUCAUAGGCGUCCACGUGCGGCCUCCACCCUCGCAGCGGGACUUCGGUUGCCCGCGGCGGCGAAGAUGGACGCCGCGGUUGGUCACCCUGGCGCGGAGGCUGCUGCCUGCAUCCUGCACGCCGCAUCAUGGCGCUUCGCCCCCCUACUCUAGAGCUCGCAGCGUCAGUGAGGAGUUCAGUUCAGGCUGCGAGGGCCGGUCAGGGUCCGGUGGAGGAUCUACAGGCGCACCUGCGGAUCAGGAGCACAAACCUGACCACAAACAACAUAGAGAUCGAACGCCAGACGAUAGAGAUGAAGAGGUAGUGAAGGUAUACGACGGUGAAGCGGCGUGGUCACGUCGCUUGUACCGUCCAGUCGUGGUCGGGAGGAAUUGGAACGAACGGGAGCUCGUAGCUGCGGCCCUAAGAGCUUUCCACGUGGCCCGGGAUCCAGACCAGUUCGAACUGACAGAUGCUCUGGCAGGGGACGAGCCGCCCCUCAAAGACCCAACGCCGUUAGCUCGCGUCACGCGGCUGCCGAACAAGCGUCCCGCUGUAUUCUUACGGUUUAAAGAGCCAGAAACUGGUGGUGGAGAAGUGCGAGUGUACCCGGGUCGAAUAGCGGGUGCUGGUGACACGUUCGUGACUGUAGCGUGUACGGGGGAUGAGUCUGUUGCUGACCUAAUGGCCUCCGCCUUAGAACGGUUCGGCCUGGACCCCUCCUCUGCCACGCAGGACUACCGCUGCUCUGAGAUUCUACUGGAUCGAGGAGUAUCGGAACGUGUGUUAGAAGAAGACGAGCGGCCAUGGCGGAUUCUAGUACGCCUGGCGCGCGAUUCGGUCCGGCGAAUGGAGCUGGCGCGGUUUUAUUUACAACCGCGUCGAGAUCCGCACGGGCCGACCUUAGCUUUAUUUGUUGCUUCCUUACCUCCUGGCCUCUCGGAACGAAAUUACGAGACUAUACUUGUAGAAUUUUUAGGUGCAGAUAAUAAGUUCACAUCAAUCGGUCCGAUUUACUACGAGUACGGGUCGAUGGUGAUCACGUAUGAGGACGCUAGUAAGGCCGUUCGCGCCCUCUACGCGCUCAGAGAGGCCAAAUAUGAAGAUAAGCAUUUAUUAGUGAUGCUGCUACCGAGCAUCGAACCUUCCAUGGUCCCGGCGGGGGUGAAGCCUCUCCUAGUGUUCGUGAACGUGAAGUCCGGUGGGUGCCAGGGCCUGGAACUCAUCUCCUCCUUUCGGAAACUCCUCAACCCGUAUCAAGUCUUCGAUUUAGAAAACGGUGGUCCGUUACCUGGGCUGUACGUAUUCCGUCAUAUUCCUAAUUAUAAGAUACUGGUGUGCGGCGGAGACGGUACUAUUGGAUGGGUGCUGCAGUGUUUGGAUAACGUGGGGCAAGACUCACAAUGUUCCAACCCACCUUGCGCGAUCGUGCCCCUCGGAACAGGCAAUGACCUCGCGCGUGUCCUUCGUUGGGGCUCCGGUUACACCGGUUGUGAAGAUCCCAUGUCCUUGUUGCGUGACGUGAUUGACGCUGAGGAGAUACGGCUCGAUCGCUGGACAGUCGUCUUUCAUCCAGAGGACAAGCAGGAUGAACCAAAGGACCUCUCCAAACAGACCAUACCUGUGUUCACCUGUGUCGGGCUAGGUUCCCAGAGCGAGGACAACUCGCAAAUCCUGGUCAUGAACAAUUACUUUGGCAUCGGGAUCGACGCCGACCUCUGUCUAGACUUCCAUAACGCGAGGGAGGAAAAUCCAAAUAAAUUCAAUAGCAGGUUACGCAAUAAGGGUGUGUAUGUUAAGAUGGGUCUUCGUAAGAUGGUGGGUCGCAAGAUGUGCAAAGAUCUUCACAAGGCUGUAAAGCUAGAGGUGGACGGUAAACCUGUUGAGCUGCCCGCUGUCGAGGGAAUCAUCAUCCUAAACAUUCUUAGUUGGGGCUCGGGUGCGAACCCGUGGGGUCCGGAGAAGGAUGACCAGUUCAACAAGCCCAACCAUUGGGACGGCAUGUUGGAGGUGGUAGGCGUCACGGGAGUAGUUCACCUUGGCCAAAUACAGUCCGGUCUGAGGGGCGCAAUGCGAAUUGCACAGGGCGGACACAUAAAGAUCAAUCUCAAAAGCGAGAUCCCCGUACAAGUUGAUGGGGAGCCAUGGGUGGCUGCACCGAGCGAGGUCGUCGUACUAAAAUCCGCACUCAAGUGCGUCGUGCUAAUGCCACGGUCCACGCUGGAUCAUUUCCACACAAAUGCAAUUGCGACGCACGAGUCGAGUCACGCCUACUGCUUUUUUGUUGCCUAGUGUCCGAGGUGGGUCUAAUGUUAACAGCACUUGGCAGAUACAAAAUUAUCAGAGAUGCGACACUGAUUACAUUUUUUAUCAUACAUUAGUUAUUUCUUUUAAUAAUCAAGCGAAAUAUUGAGUUGAUGUCACUCGCAAAUGCAUGCUUGCUUGAGUUAUUAAGUCUUUAUUAUAUUCACUUAGGUAAAUACAUAUAAUGCUCAAAUUUCGACGCAACAUAAUUCAACAUAUGUAACUGAAUUUCUUGUAAUUGUAAUUAAAUUAAAAUUUAAACCAUAACCUAAUUUGAGCAUACCAUCUAAGAAUCCAGAAUGAUGAAUAGCAGACAUUUAAAUUCGUUGUAUUUAACGGUCUGCAUGUGGGUUGUUUUGAUGAAACACGUUAUGGACCCAAAAGCCAAAUUGCACGAGCACACUGCGCCCGCGUUUUCACUGUCGAGACGCAGCUACGAAACGCUUACGAUAUUGUUAAGUUACUGUAACAAAAUUAGUUCUGUACGGACGUCUUACACUUACGACUGAACUAAUUGGAGCUUUGAUACGCUAUAAAACUUGCCGCUUAAUCUUCAAUUACUUUUUUACCCAUCCAAUUCAAAUAAGUUUCUAUGGAACAAAGGCACCAUGAUGUUCAUGUCUUUUUUGGCGUAAUUUUGUGAUAUAAGCUGACCGCAUUUAUAUAAAUUUAAUUGUAAAAAUUGCUUUUAAAUAUCUGCUUACAGUAACAUAACAUUCAUAAACAUUAGAGCACCGCGCCCACACGCGGCCUAUUAGUUACACCUCAUCCUAAAAUAAUUGUUUUGUUUGUAUCGAGCACAUAGUAUCGUAUCUGAUCCUUGAAAUGUGUGUGUAAGAUACGUAUUAUGUGCGUUACAACUGUAUUCUGAGACGUUAAUCUCCACUCAUCCAUAAUAAAAAGGACGAAAAAACACUUAAUCUAACGCAAUAUGUAUUUCUGAAUGAGGUUGGAGUGUAGAGAAGUCUCAGAGUACGGUUGUCGUCGCUGGUCACAGCCCCGUGUCGGCGCCGAAUAACUCGCUUUGAUCGUUGAAUGUUCGCUCAGUGAAAACGCGCAGGCUCGGCUCGGUAUAAAUUGGCUUCGCGGUUAGUAAAUGGGGUUCGUCCGGGGUAACGUUCUGGCUGAACGUGUGCUAGCAUAGAGAGCGUGUAGCGA